AUGCAUCUGAGGACAAACAACAAGCACGCUCCGUCAGAUCCCGGCCAAAAUGCUAAGAGUAAGCGUCUAGUUCCGUGGGACGGCGACAGCGUGGGGCAAGGUGGACCGACGUCGCUGGACGUGCUGGUCGGGUGGCUGAAGGUUCCCGGACACAUCGAGCAAUGGAGCAAAAAGAAGCGUGACGCAUCGCUGGAGAUUCUCUCAAUGCUGGAAGCGAACGGGAUCCGCCACCGGACAGCCAGCGCCGUUCAAUCCAAGAUCGAAAAGCUGGUCAAUCAAUUCGUCUCUGCGGUGCGAAUUCUGCGGAGCAGCGGCCAGCCAAGCGACCACCUCGAGAGCGAGGUUGUCGAUGAAGAUGUCGAAGCUGCUGUGACCAAGGAGUGCCCCGAGUAUCGCGUGUUGCUACCGAUCUUCCGGCGGAUCGAUUUGCGCGACAUGGGCCCGAAAGACUGGACCACCGGCGACGACAGCGGCGACAGCGGCUACGAUGGUGGAGGCGGCAACGCAGCAAGAAACAUGAUGCGCAAGGCAACCGAUGGUAUCAGCGGAUCUCGCAGGAGCAAGCGCCGCCGCAGCACCCAACCAGCUCUUGAUCGCAUGACUGCGGCAGACACAGCCGACACGGAGUCCACUACGCAAGCCGAGGCUGGCAGUAGCGCUAUCGUGCCAGCCACGUUCGGAGGCGCCGCUGCUGAGGUCCGACGCAAGAUGGAAGCUUGCCAUCUGCAGCAGGUUGAGAAAGUCUGCGAGCUGCGUCUCGCCACGGAGCAGGUGAAGGACGAGUGCGAGGUCGCAGUCGCUCGCUGUCGGCUCGAAACGGAGCAGUACCGUGGCGAGACGGAAAAGCGGCGGGAGGACCUUUAG